UUAAAAUUCAAACAAAGAAAAAACUUUCAACAGCAAACUAUCGUGAAGUAUUUUUUCAAUCAUCAAAUUUCAUAAUUAUAUAAAAUAAACUGUAAUUAAGGAAAAACGUCAAGAACGAUAAACGCAUGUCGCCUAUUUCGAUAAACGAAGAAAAAUCUGCAACGAGUUCAGAAUUGAAUGUUGAAGCAAAGGAAUUUUAUCCAUUAAGCACCAAUAAUCACGAAUCUGGUGAAUCCAGUAAUGCAGGAGUGAAUUCGAAAGGCUCAGGUGCUGUUCCAAAAAAGUUUUAUGAAAAAAGGAACAAUCAACCUCGUUCAAAGAAAUUUUAUCCAGACAACCAGAGGAACUGGCGAAAUAAUGAGAACCGAGCUAGCUAUGGAAGUAAUGAGCAUAGAAAUUAUGGAAGUAAUGAGCAUAGAAAUUAUGGAAGAAGCAACAGAAGAAAUGAUGCAGAACACAAAAAUAAUGAAGAGGGUAGAGAAAUAAAAAAAAAUAACGAAGAAAAGCAAGAGAGAAAGUUUUUUAAGAAUAACCAGCACAGCUAUGAUCGUAGAGGUGGAAAUAAUGGUUAUACGAGCAAGUUUAAAAUCACAAUUAAGCCUGACAAUAAUAAGAAACCAGAGCAGUCUGAUAAUGGAAGUAAAAUAGAAUCCACUAGCAAAUCUGAGGAGAUCCCAUCAACAUCUAAUGAAGGACCAAACAUCCAGCACAAACCGAAAUACAAUAAUGAUUACAAAAAUCAUAGAAAACGUCCACAGACAAAAAGGCCUGUUAAUAAAAUUUCAAUUUCACAACGUGAGCAAUUGAUAAAAGAAAUAGAAAGGAACACAUUGGAAUGCAUGAUUUGUUGCGAGAAAAUUAAGGCUUAUAAUCCAAUUUGGAGUUGCUUGGUCUGUUAUCAUAUCUUACAUCUUAAUUGUAUCAAAACAUGGAUGAAGAAGUCAAUUGAAUCAAGUGAAGAUGGAUUUAGAUGUCCAGCAUGUAAUCAAAUAGCUAAAAUUAAGCCAGGAGAAUAUUUGUGUUUCUGUGGAAAGCUAAAGAAUCCUCCACUUAAUCGCAACGAUCUUCCUCAUUCCUGUGGAAAUAUGUGCCUAAAUACAUCAAACUGUGACCAUCCUUGUAAUUUAAUUUGUCAUCCAGGAGCUCACGAAAAGUGCUAUGCUGUUGUCAACAAGUUCUGCGGAUGCGGACGUACGUCAAAGAACUAUCAAUGUAGCAUGAAAGCAACUUUUGAAUGUGAUUCAAUUUGUGAGAAAGUUUUAAAUUGUGGAGUCCAUAAGUGCCCUAAAGUAUGUCAUCAAGGCGAUUGCGAAGAUUGCUCAGAAGAACUAGAAUGUAACUGCUAUUGUGGAACUGAAAGUAAGAAGAUACUCUGUACAGUCGAAAACAUUGACAAGACUAAAUAUUCAUGCGAUAAUGUAUGUGGAAAGACUUUAAAUUGUGGCAAUCAUAAAUGUGCUGAAAAGUGUCAUGACGGUGCUUGUAAAUCAUGUAAAUUAAUGCCUCAAUAUGUCAAAACAUGUCCAUGUAGCAGAAUGUCAAUCAAAAGUGAAACUCGAAAGACAUGCUUAGAUCCAGUUCCAUUAUGUGAUUCAGUUUGUAAAAAAGCACUCAAAUGUGGUCCUUUAUCAUCUCCUCAUCUCUGUGCCUCACAAUGUCAUUUAAACGAAUGUCCACCGUGUGGACAGACAAGCAACAUCAAGUGUCGUUGCGGACGAAAAGAGGAAAAAGUUCCAUGCAAAGAUUUAUUAAAUACAGACAUGAGAUGCAAAAAAAAAUGUAAUAAAUUUAAGAGUUGUGGACGUCAUAAGUGUAAUAAUGUAUGCUGUAUAGACAUAGAUCAUACGUGCAUGCAAAACUGUAAUCGAAUGUUGGACUGUCAAUUGCACAAGUGUCAAAGAACUUGUCAUAUUGGAAAUUGUGCUCCAUGUCAUCGUGUCUCUUUUGAUGAAUUAAGCUGUGAAUGUGGACAAACAAUUGUGUACCCACCGGUUCAUUGUGGAACUGUGAUUAAAGACUGCUCAAAUAAAUGCACUCGUAGACAUAAAUGUGGUCAUCCUGUUGGACAUAAUUGUCAUUCCGAACCCGAAUGUCCACCAUGUGUCUUUUUAACAGCAAAAUUUUGCCAUGGAAAGCAUGAAGAACGUAAGACAAUCCCAUGUAAUCAAGAUUCAUUCUGUUGCGGAAUGCCUUGUGGUAAAAUGUUAAAAUGUGUCCGUCAUUAUUGUAUCAAGACAUGUCAUCAAGGAGAUUGCGAGAAAAAUGAUGAAAUAUGUGCUCAAAAGUGCACAAAAAAGCGUAUGGAAUGUGAACAUAGCUGUGCUGCAAAAUGUCACGACGGUGAAUGUCCUGACAAUAUCCCGUGUCGUGAGAGAAUUCAAGUAACUUGUCAAUGUGGAAAUUUAAAAUCGAUUAAAACUUGCGAGCAAGUUGAAUAUGAGAAUAGAAAAUUGCAACGAGUUAGACUUACAGCACAGCAAAAUGAUGAGGCAUCGACGUUGACCGAAAUGCUUGGAGAUUUUAAAAAGACUACGAAAAUAUUGGAUUGUAACGAUGAAUGCAAGACAAUUGAACGUAAUCGUCGACUUGAUAUCGCCUUUAAGGUACAAAAUCCGACUUUGGCAACAACACCAAAAUUUGUGCCUGCAUAUAGUGAACAUGUCCGUAAUUUUUACAAGAAAGACUCAAAUUUUGUCAAUAUGGUUCAUGAUAAAUUAACAGAAUUAGUUAAAUUAGCUAAAGAGACUAAAAAUGCAGCCUAUCGCUGUUACUCAUUUCCAUCAAUGAAUCGAGAUAAGCGUCAUGUAAUUCACGAUGUGGGCGAAAUGUUUGGUGUCGAGACAAAAGCUUUUGAUGCUGAACCGAAUCGUAAUAUUGUUGCAACUGCUGUUCGUGAAUAUUGCUGGCUCCCAUCGAUGAGUGUUGCUGAAGUUAUUCAACGUGAAAAUGGUGCUCGACGUCCUCCGAUGAAUCAGCUAUUCAAAGGUUUUAUUAGUAUCUAGAAGUUCAGAAAGUGAAGUUAUAGCCUCAAGUUCAUGAUUUAAUUGAAAUCAAUAAAAUGUCAACGAUAAAUGACUAGCACUUCCUCAUAAACAGCUCAUCAAUCUGAAAUCUUGAAUAAUUAAAUAACGAGCAUUAAAAAUAGGAACAAGGAGAAAUAUUUUGUUACUUAACAUUUAAUUUCUUUAUUUUGUAUGUGGAUGUGAUAGCAGUUACGUUUUAUUAUAUAGUAUAAUUAACUUUUUCUCCUCCUUCCUUGCAUCUAAACAAAUAUCAGAAGAAAUAUCUUUUUCAAACUAGGUUUGAGUAGUACAGUUGAUAAAACAUGACAAGAUCUUAGGACAUAUUUAAGCAUUUGUUAAUGCAGCAACACCUGGUAAAGUCUUUCCCUCGAGCAAUUCCAAACUAGCUCCACCGCCAGUUGAAACGUGUGAAACUUUGCUUUCUGUUCCCCAUUUAGCACAGCAACUAGCUGUGUCACCGCCUCCAAUAAUAGUAACUGCUCCUUUGGCUGUAACAUCUACAACUGCGUCCAUUAAUGCCUUAGUUCCUUUAGCGAAAUUGGCGAAUUCAAAGACACCACAUGGUCCAUUCCAGACGAUUACCUUUGCACGAGCAACUGGUGCAGCAAAAAGAUCACGAGUUUUUGGACCAACAUCUAAUCCCAUCCAGCCACUUGGAACUCCACUUUCGAUUGAUGCCUCUCCAACUUCAGCAUCCUCACCAAAUUUAGAUCCUGUGACAAAAUCGACUGGUAAAUGAAGUUGAACAUUGUUCUUCUUUGCCUUUUCGACGAGAUUCUUCACAAUCUUUGAACCUUCUUCAUCAAAAAGUGAUCCACCAAUUUCCAUAUUGUUGAGGACCUUUAAGAAUGUGAAAGCCAUUCCACCGCCAAUAAUCAUCUCAUUAACUUUGUCCAAGAGAUUAUCAAUCAACUGGAUUUUAUCAGCAACUUUAGCGCCACCCAAAAUAGCCAAGAAUGGACGUGCUGGAUUAUCGAGAGCCUUUGCGAAGUAUGUCAAUUCCUUGUUCAUCAACAAACCAGCAGCUCUCUUUUCGAAGCCCUCGCCCAUCAUUGAAGAAUGAGCACGAUGAGCAGUUCCAAAUGCAUCAUUAACAUAAACAUCACCAAGUUUUGCAAGACUAGCACGGAAUUCCUUGACUUUUUCUGCUGAAGCCUUAACUUUUGCGCCAUUUGCAUCGACUCCCUUACCCUCUUCUUCAACGUAGAAUCGGAGAUUCUCUAAUAAGAUGAUUGAGCCUGGUUUUGGAUCAGCACAUGCUGCUUCAACCUCAGCACCGACACAGUCAUUAAGGAAGGUGACAUCCUUUCCAAGUAAAGUUUUUAAUUCACCAGCAACUGGAGCCAUUGUGAAUUUUGGAUUCUUGUUACCAUCGGGACGUCCUAAAUGUGACAUCAAGAC